UUGGUUAUUUGUCAAACUGUGUGCCGUGGGCGGGGAGCAGCGUGCAGUAGUGAUGUCAACAACAUCGGUCAGUGGGUCAGCACCCUUGUAAUGUCGCUACGUGAAUAUAUACAAAUGCUGCCAAACGGAAAAAACACGGAAUAUUAUUUGUACUGGUCUGUUUUUGUCACGAGCCAUUCGAAGUUCACGUUUAAUCACAUACACCGUUAUCGGUAGCCAGUCUUAGCUAGCGCUAGUAUGCUAGCUUUGAAAGGAAGAUAAGAGAUGUCCAGUGUAUUUGGUGAAGCACAGAAGGAAGGUAACGGAGACAGAACAGGCACACUCUGACAGCUCAGAGAAUUUCUUGAGCCAUGAUCAACACUGAAGCUGCAAGAGAAUUCCAGGCCAAAGAGCGCAAAUACAAAGAGCAGCUGAGGAGAUGUUUAUCAUCUGCUUUGUCUGCAGACCUCAACAGGUUGCUGCAGGAGGAACUUGAGGCAGAUGUCUCCCUAUAUGCGGGUUCUGGUUCAGUCCGAGCUCACAGAGCCGUGCUGCUGGCCAGAGCUCCUCAUCUCCUACAAGGACAGACGCAUAAGGAUCCCAUCAUCAUCCAUCUGCCAGGUUACGAUCUGCCAGCACUGAAGGAUUUUCUCAGGCAAGUGUACACAGCAGAGCAGAGCAUGCGAACGGCUGAAGCAAACUGCGACACAGAGAGCAGCGCUGCAAACCAAGCAGAUCCUCACAGUUCCACUGACUCAGGUGCGUUUGUUCUUGAGCCAGCCUCAGGCCUCAGUACUGACUUGCUGGAUCUGUACAAAAGGGGAGAACAGUGUGACAUCACCAUCCAGGUGGCUGAGCAGGUCUUCUCCUGCCACAGGGCGAUCCUGUGUGCACGUUCUCAGUACUUCCGUGCUAUGCUCAGUGGGAGUUGGAUGGAGAGCUCCAGACAAUGCAUCACUCUGCAUGGCUUGGGACCAGAUGAGAUGGAAAUCUUGCUCCAGUUUAUGUACGGAGCUGUCAUGGAUUUGCCCAGCGGAGCCAACGCCAGUCAGGUUACCAUAGCUGCAGACAUGUUGGGUCUGGAGGGGCUCAAAGACCUGGUGGAGAUGAUUUUUACCCGCGACUACUGCCGCUUCUUCCCCAAGCAGCCAGUUGACGGGGUUCAGAAAACGGUUCUAGAGUGUUUGUCGCUCACACACGCCUUAGGGCUCCAAAACCUCCACAUGCUCUGUAGGAGGUGGGUAGCGGAACAUUUUGUGAAAGCCUGGUGUGAGAGGAACUUCUCCCUCCUGUCCCCGGAGCUGCAGCGCGCCUGCAUUACGGCCGUAACGGACACAAUGACUGUACGGAACGCCGUCACGCUGCUCUGUGGCACGGAGCAGCUGAUUGGCAGCCUCCCAGAGGUGAAGUGGGCCCAGCAUGUGAGGGCCAUGGCCGUGGAGCUCCAGGAAGAGAGCCUGCACUUCAUAGUCCAGCACCUGCCCAGGGUGAUCCACACUCAGGCCUUCCACGACCUCCGCAGGAGGGAGGAGUUUACCAGAGAGCCGACGCUGCUGAAGAAGCUGUGCUUGGCGGUGAGGGAGGGCGUAGCUGUGGACAACUGCUGCGAUCUGUUCACUGCUGUCCACUCUCUGUGUGAAGAUAACUUUGAUGGAAAUUUUCACCUGGAACAUCAGAAACAAGAGGAGCCGUUCAGGCAGGAGAUCGGCACGCUACGUGGGCGCCUCUGGACCUUCCUGCUUCAGACCUCUUAUGCGGCUCGCCACACGCCAGGAUGGGAGGCACUCUCACCCAAACACAAAGAGAGGAUAUUAGCAGACGCUAUUGAUAAAGGAGACAAUCGAAGACUCGGUAAAAAGCCAGUGUUCACUAGCUCACAGUCAAAGGCUGUAAAAUGCCCCACAUCUCAAUCUGAGAGCUCUCCGGUUCACAGGACAAACCGGGCGCCGCAAAACAGAAACCCAGACGUCCGCAGCGCCGCGUCAGCCAUGAAAUCCGAUGGUCUGAGCACAGCAAGCAAGCCGGGAGAAAGCCAAAACUCUAAAGCGAAGAACGCAAAGAAACAAGACAGGAGCGUGGCGACAAAGGCAAAGACAGCGCCGGCCGGCGCAGUGGUUGUCAACGGCACAGCAGCCGCCGGGGCAAAGCGGGAAGUGUCCGAGGCAAAUGGCUCGAGAAGCUCCCACAGGCCAAAAGAGCAAGAAAAGAAGCCGAACCCAGGCGCAAGGCCUAAAACCUCCCCCCCCAGCUGCACAUCCACAACCCAGGCAACUGUAGCUAAGGUCCAGAAAGGUUCGGCGGGAAAGGCUGACAAGUCUGCUGGCGCCGUCACUACCCAAGCACAUCCUGGUGCUUCAUCCACAUCAGCCACUACCUCGCCAGAAAACUGUGCCAGCAGUCUGCAUGACAGCCACUCCAUUCCAGGUACAAAAUCCAAGCCACAGGCCAAAGCAGUGAACAAGUCGCCUCUGACCAAACAGCCUCAGAGGUCCGACACAGCAAGAACCAGCAGCUGCAGCAAUAGUUGCUAUUUUAAAAUGACCAUUAAAAGGCCUCAGAACUCUGAAAGGUAAAGUCUGGAAAGGCUG